AUCACUACAGUUGAUGAUUCAAACACGUUGGUUCGUAAAAGAAGUGAAGCAACAAAAAGUUUUUCAAAUUUGUCUGUGCUGAUUAAUAAAUUGCUGCAAUUUAAUUUUUACACUAUUUAAUAUAUUUUGUUCUGUAAUUAAUAAAAGAAACGAUCUCUGUUACGGAAAAACGGUUAAAAUAACACGGAAAUAUGACAGACCCUAUAGAUAUUAUUGAUUUAACAGUAGACUCACCAGUAGUGCCUAAAACAUUAAGAUUGCGAAGUAUCAAUAUUGACACAGUGUCUAAUAACAGUACAACAUCACAGCUUCAGGAUUCUAUCAUAGAAAUAGUGGAUGAGAACAUAUGCAAUAAGGCACAAUCAACAGAAAUUAUAGACUUAGAUAAUGUUAAUUUACCUAAAAAUAUUAACAUUUAUAGAGAGAACAACUAUGAGCCAAGAAGUGAAGCUACAUUAAUUUGUGCAAUCUGUUUAGAACAAUUAUAUUCUGAUAUGAAACCUAUGUGUACUCGUUGUGGACAUAUAUUCUGUGAACAUUGUUUACAAUUAGCUUUGCGUGUAUCAAAAAAGUGUCCAACAUGCAAAAGGGUUGUUAAAAUUCAAACCUGUACACGUUUACAUUUUUAGUUUAC